AUGGCGCGGGGGGAAGUGGAAGCGGGCUGGGCGUUGCCGUGGCAACCGGCGGUGGCGUCGUCUGGGCCGGCCGCGAGGCUGAGGAGCCAUGGAGGAGGCGGCCCCGGUCUCCGCCUCAGAGGGCACCUUCUGCCUCCAGCUCACAAUGGGAAUCUUCACCAGCAUGAAAGAACCCAUGCAGGGGAGAAACCUUUUGAGUGCUCAGAAUGUGGAAAGCGAUUCAGUCGUAGCGGUGCACUUCAAUGGCAUCAUAAAACCCACACAGGGGAGAAACCUUUCGAAUGCUCCGAGUGUGGAAAGACAUUUGUUCGGAGUGACCACCUUCAACAGCACCAGAGAACCCACACAGGGGAGAAACCUUUUGAAUGCUCAGCAUGUGGAAAGAGAUUCAGUCACAGCGGCAAUCUUUACCAGCAUGAAAGAGCCCACGCAGGAGAUGAACCUUGUAAAUGCUCAGAGUGUGGAAAGAGAUUCAGUAAGAGUAGCGAUCUUCAACGGCAUCAAAGAAUCCAUACAGGGGAGAAACCUUUUCAGUGCUCAGAGUGUGGAAAGAGGUUCAGUGACAGGAGCAAUCUCCAGCAGCAUCAGAGAACCCACACAGGGGAGAAACCUUUCGAAUGCUUAGAGUGCGGAAAGAGGUUCAGUGGGAGAGGUACUCUUCAACGACAUCAAAGAACCCACACAGGGGAGAAACUUUUUGGAUGCUCAGAGUGUGGCAAGAGAUUCAGUUGGAGUGGCACGCUUCAACACCAUCAGAGAACCCACACAGGGGAUCAGCCUUUUCAAUGCUCAGAGUGUGGAAAGAAAUUCAAUAAGAGUAGCGAUCUUCAGCGGCAUCAAAGAACCCACACCGGGGAGAAACCUUUUCAGUGCUCAGAGUGUGGAAAGAGGUUCAGUGACAGGAGCAAUCUCCAGCAGCAUCAGAGAACCCACACAGGGGAGAGACCUUUCGAAUGCUCAGAGUGUGGAAAGAGAUUCAGUCGGAGUAGCGGUCUUCAGAAGCAUCAAAGAACACACAGGGGAGAACCAGGAGAGAAACCUUUUGAAUGUUCAGAGUGCAGAAAGGGAUUCAGUAAGAGUAGCGAUCUUCAAUGGCAUCAAAGAACCCACACAGGGGAGAAACCUUUUGAACGUUCAGCAUGUGGAAAAAGAUUCAGUCAGAGUGUCGGUCUUCAGUAUCAUCAAAGAACCCACAGAGAGGAGAAACCUUUUGAGUGCUCAGAGUGUGGAAAGAAAUUCAGUCACAAUGGGAAUCUUCACCAGCAUGAAAGAACCCAUGCAGGGGAGAAACCUUUUGAGUGCUCAGAAUGUGGAAAGCGAUUCAGUCGUAGCGGUGCACUUCAAUGGCAUCAUAAAACCCACACAGGGGAGAAACCUUUUGAAUGCUCCGAGUGUGGAAAGACAUUUGUUCGGAGUGACCACCUUCAACAGCACCAGAGAACCCACACAGGGGAGAAACCUUUUGAAUGCUCAGCAUGUGGAAAGAGAUUCAGUCACAGUGGCAAUCUUUACCAGCAUGAAAGAGCCCACACAGGAGAUGAAUCUUGUCAAUGCUCAGAGUGUGGAAAGAGAUUCAGUAAGAGUAGCGAUCUUCAACGGCAUCAAAGAAUCCAUACAGGGGAGAAACCUUUUCAGUGCUCAGAGUGUGGAAAGAGGUUCAGUGACAGGAGCAAUCUCCAGCAGCAUCAGAGAACCCACACAGGGGAGAAACCUUUCGAAUGCUUAGAGUGCGGAAAGAGGUUCAGUGGGAGAGGUACUCUUCAACGACAUCAAAGAACCCACACAGGGGAGAAACUUUUUGGAUGCUCAGAGUGUGGCAAGAGAUUCAGCUGGAGUGGCACUCUUCAACACCAUCAGAGAACCCACACAGGGGAUCAGCCUUUUCAAUGCUCAGAGUGUGGAAAGAAAUUCAAUAAGAGUAGCGAUCUUCAGCGACAUCAAAGAACCCACACCGGGGAGAAACCUUUUCAGUGCUCAGAGUGUGGAAAGAGGUUCAGUGACAGGAGCAAUCUCCAGCAGCAUCAGAGAACCCACACAGGGGAGAGACCUUUCGAAUGCUCAGAGUGUGGAAAGAGAUUCAGUCGGAGUAGCGGUCUUCAGAAGCAUCAAAGAACACACAGGGGAGAACCGUUGUGA